AUGGAUGAAAUCGGCCAAAAAGUCGUUGAUUGUGAAACAUCAUCUAACAAGAAUAAAUCGAGAUUAUUGUGGGAUGAUUUUACGUUCAAGCAGUUUGUCGAUGCACGCUUGCUUGAAUAUAGAAGAGGGAAUAGACCUGGUACAAGCUUUAGUAAGGUCGGGUGGGCGAAUAUAAUAAACACUAUGUGUGAGAAAACAGGCAAAACCUUUGAAAGAAAGCAAGUAACAAACAAAUGGGACAGCAUGAAAAAAGAAUGGAAGCUUUAUGAUCGCUUGAUGAGGCUUGAAACUGGGAUUGGUGGGACGAGAAGCUUCAUCGAUGCAUCGCCCGAGUGGCGGGAUGAGAAAGUAAAGUGGUGA